GCAUGGCCGCGGCGAACGCCAACUUCCUCGAGAUCAGCAAGGCGUUCUGCCAGCACUACUACAACGUCUUCGACACGGACCGCGCUAAGCUGCAGACGCUGUACCAGGACGGCUCGAUGCUAACCUUUGAGGACGCUCAGUUCAUGGGCAUGCAGGCCAUCAUGACGAAGCUCACCACGCUGCAGUUCGCGACGGUGCAGCAUCAGGUGACAACGUGCGACGCGCAGCCGACGCCGGGUGGCGGGAUCCUGUGCUUCAUCACGGGCAAACUGGUGGUGGACGGCGGCGCGAACCCGCUGAUGUUUGGGCAGACGUUCCACCUGAUGCCGACGCCGCAGGGCUCGUGGUACAUCCACAACGACCUGUUCCGACUCAACUACACGUAGCCGUGCCCGGCGCCACGGCGCCACGGCGGCGAGGAGGAGAGGGGGCGUUGAGGGCCGCGUCGGGCGGCGUGCGCUGCGGCGUCGUGCGGCAGAGCUCGGCGGGCGGCGCACGAGAGAGGAGAGGAGAGGCCAGGCCUAGGUAGUGACCAGAGCGCGCGAGACCCGCGGAUCUUUGUUUAUUCGUUUUUGUACGUGUAGUUUGCAAAGACCCGACCGCAUUUGCAGGA